UCCAGAAGUCUUGCGCCCUGCUGGUGGGCAGAGAACAGGGAGCGCAGCAGUGAAGUUUUAUAAGAAGUGGGGGGACGUCGGACGGAGCGAAGGAGCGAGAGAGAGAGAGAGAGAGAGAGAGAGAGAGAGACUUUAUCUCGCAGCCUCACCGGACUACAUCCCGAUACUUGCACAGCUGUAGAAUGAUGAUGUCGGGGAGCAGAGGGACUUUAGGCUUCCUCAUCUACGCGCUCCUGGUGCAGUACAGUGCGUCCUCGCCGCUCAGACUGGAGACUGCGGCGUAUGAUGAAGAUGGCACUUCAUUAGCAGACUUGGCCUUUGACUCAGAGCAGCUCGCACUCAGAAGCCCCCCAUCAGGAACGGAUGAUGUCUAUGAGAUAUAUUCUCCUCCAGAGCAACGAACGGAAAGACAUGCAGACGGGAUGUUUAAUAAAGCCUACAGGCAAGCGCUGGGCCAGUUAUCAGCCCGGAAAUACCUGCAUUCUCUGAUGGCAAAACGCGUAGGAGGAGGCAGUGCUCUGGAGGAUGCAGAAGCUCUGGCUAAGCGCCACGCAGACGGCGUGUUCACUGACAGCUACAGCCGCUACAGGAAGCAAAUGGCCGUGCGGAAAUAUCUGGCCGCGGUCCUCGGCAAAAGCCCUGAAGACUUAGAUUUGCACCAAUUUCUACAAGGCAUAGACAUUGGGGCGCUCCCGGAUGGGGAUGAGUUUGAGGCAUUUAUGAGAAACUGGCUGAUUCAGUUCCCUUCCAAUACCCUGGCUUUGUGACGCAGGAGGGCAGCUUGCAGUUCGGGUGCCUUUGCUUCAACUUUAAAAAUGGCCACCAAUCUCAGAUGGCACGUUAGUGGCCCUCCAAUGCUGCACAUCACCUGCUCACACUCUUUCCAUUUCACUGGAUCACAUGACUUUCAUUCAGUUGCCACCUGGCCCACUAUAUUUUGUUUAACUUCCUGCACCAUUUCCUGUUUUUUUUUGUCUUAGCUUCACUAUACGUAGUGUGUGAUUGAUAACCGAGUAGAAAUCAUAGGACACUCACACUUCUGAAAUUCAUCCUGUGUGUAACAUUUGAGAGCGCCUGAAGCCUUACUUUAGAUGAAUCUUAAAUAAACAAAUCUAUUUCUUGUGUAGAUAAUUGGUAGAUUAUAAAAAAUGGGAACCGCAAAA